GGUUUUUCCCUCACUGGACUCUACCCUUAUUAGUGGGAAGGAGUUAUUCAAAUGAAUAAAUAGCUGAUUGACACAUCGGACUUGACUGAGUUGUGGAACUAGGAGGGCGACAGGCAUUAGCAAUAGAAAGCAAGAACUCUCACCAUGGCAGAGAAGCCCAUUCUCCACUAUUCCAACGACCGGGGCAGAAUGGAAUCGAUCCGGUGGCUCUUGGCUGCAGCUGGAGUGGAGUUUGAAGAGAUAUACAUAGAAACACGAGAAGAUCUGGAAAAGUUAAGAAAUGAUGGAGUGCUGAUGUUCCAGCAAGUGCCCCUGGUUGAGAUUGAUGGGAUGAAGCUGGUGCAGACCCGAGCCAUUCUCAACUACAUUGCCAACAAGCACAACCUCUAUGGGAAAGACAUAAAGGAGAGAGCCCUGAUUGACAUGUAUGAUGAAGGCAUAGCAGACCUGAAGGAGCUGAUUAUCCUUUACCCGUUCCGUGAUCCUGGAGUAAAAGAAGCAACAAUUGCUCAGAUCAAAGAUAAAGCAAGAAAUCGUUACUUUCCUGCCUUUGAAAAGGUGUUGAAGAGCCAUGGACAAGACUACCUGGUUGGCAAUCAGCUGAGCAAGGCUGACGUUCACCUGGUUGAGCUUCUGUAUCAUGUGGAGGAGGUGGACCCCACCAUCAUCACCAGCUUCCCUCUGCUGCAGGCUUUCAAGACCAGAAUCAGCAGCCUCCCCACCGUGAAGAAGUUCUUGCAGCCUGGCAGCCAGAGGAAGCCACCUGUGGAUGAGGAAUGUGUAAAAAAAGUAUUCCGGAUUUUCCAUUAAAUAAAGGGCACAAGAAGCAGUUGUAAAUCAAUUUUCUGAAGUUUCUCAGCAUGAAGCAAUUUCCCUAAAUGUUAAUCCUAGCCAUUUUGCAACCAAUAAACCUUUUUUCUUUUUCCAAA